CGUUUGAACUCAAAAAAGCAAGGAACGGUUCAUAAACUCAUAAGUCUAAGGAUCGUGUGGUCUCUUUACCUCUAGUCAGUCUUGUGCGUCUCGUCUCCUCGAAAGAGUGAAAAGAAAAUCCAAUCAAUGGCGAAGGAGUUAGCGGAAAAAGCCAAAGAGGCCUUCUUAGAUGACGACUUCGACGUUGCCGUUGACUUAUACUCCAAAGCCAUUGACUUGGAUCCCAAUUGCGCCGCCUUCUUCGCCGAUCGUGCUCAGGCCAACAUCAAAAUCCUUAAUUUCACCGAAGCUGUUGCAGACGCCAACAAAGCCAUAGAGUUGGAGCCGACGCUGGCUAAAGCGUACCUCAGAAAAGGCACUGCUUGUAUGAAGCUGGAGGAAUACAGUACUGCUAAAGCAGCCCUUGAAAAGGGGGCUUCCGUUGCACCAAAUGAAUCAAAGUUUAACAAGAUGAUCGAUGAAUGCAAUCUUCACAUUGCUGAAGAAGAGAAAGAUUUGGUUCAGCAGAUGCCGCCCACCUUGCCUUCAAGCUCUACCACACCACCACUAGCAACGGCAGCUGAUUCUCCGAGUCCUGCAGCGCCUGCCAAACCCAUGUUCAGACACGAGUUCUACCAGAAGCCGGAAGAAGUGGUGGUGACAAUCUUCGCUAAAGGAAUACCAAAGCAGAACGUGAAUGUCGAGUUUGGUGACCAGAUUCUGAGUGUUGUGAUUGAUGUUGCUGGAGAGGAAGCUUAUCACUUCCAGCCAAGAUUGUUUGGGAAGAUAAUACCAGAGAAGUGCAGGUAUGAAGUAUUGUCAACCAAAGUUGAGAUCCGUCUUGCAAAAGCAGAGAUAGUCACUUGGGCCUCCCUUGAAUAUGGCAAAGGGCAAGCUCUUCUGCCUAAACCCAAUGUUGCAUCAGCGGUUUCUCAGAGGCCGGUUUACCCAUCAUCUAAGCCGGCUAAAGACUGGGACAAGUUAGAAGCUGAAGUGAAGAAACAGGAGAAGGAUGAGAAGCUAGAUGGAGAUGCAGCUAUGAACAAGUUUUUCAGCGAUAUAUACCAGAGUGCUGAUGAGGACAUGAGGCGAGCCAUGAACAAAUCAUUUGCGGAGUCAAAUGGGACAGUGCUGUCUACGAACUGGAAAGAGGUUGGGACUAAGAAAGUGGAGAGCACUCCACCAGAUGGCAUGGAGCUUAAGAAAUGGGAGUAUUGAUGAUCUUUUUAAAUACUGGUCUUGUCAAAAAUCUCUGAAGUUUCUUUUGGUUUUUCAAGUGGAUUCGUUGUGGUUUGAGAAAACGUUUUGGUAGUGUACUAGAAGAGCUCGCAAGUUGGUGUUUUUUUACAUUUUUCUUCUCCCUCGAGAGAGGGCUUUUAAUGACAAUCUUGCAUUGUUAUCUUAA